AUCCAGACCGAGCAUUCCGGAAGUGACUGAAGAUACCUUGGGCGUUGGGAACGUUGACAGGUGCUAGGUGCCGGUGGUGUUAACUGUUUUCCAUGGUACACGUCGUCCGAUCAUGGAGAAUAAGAAAGACGAGAACAACCAUAAUAAUUCAAAAGAUGUUCCCAUACCCAUGGACACAGGAAUUGCAACAUUUAUGAAGAAUGUGUUUUCUGAUUAUGAAAAAAUAAGAGGAAAGGACAAAAAUUCAAACAAUGCUGCAUUUUGGGAUGUUGUCGUCAUUACAACAGCAGACUAUGCACAGAAGCAUGUAUUUGAACUGCAAAUUGAAAGCAAAAGAAAAAGAAAAGAGCUGCCUUUGAAUCUCCCUAUUUAUGUAGUGGCAGAUCCUCCAGGGCCAAAGAUAGGUAAUGGAGGAUCUACAAUGGUGGUGCUGGGCUUUCUGGACCUUUGUCUGGGAGAAGAAAUGUUCGGGAAGAAAAUACUGUUGAUUCAUGCUGGAGGUCAGAGUAAGCGGAUGCCCAGCACCAGUUGCUUGGGCAAAAUAUUCUCACCAAUCCCUCAUGGGGACCCAGUCUACCAGAUGUUGGACCUCAAACUAGCCAUGUACAUGCCAUUCAUUCCCAACAUGCCACCAGGAGUUUUUGUGGCAUGUGCAGAUGAUAUACUAGUGUAUGACCUUGGACCUUUUGAGGAUUCAAAAUACUGGUCAUUCUGCUAUAAUGGAUUCAGUGCACUAGCCCACCCCUCCCCAGUACAGAUAGGAACCAAGCAUGGAGUGUAUGUAGUGGAGAAUGAAAAAAAUGUAGAUCCAAAAAAGCAUAUCAGGAGUAUGAGGUGUUUGAAGGUGCUGCAGAAACCCAAGAUCACUCAGAUGUAUGAGCAUGGUGCUGUGCUUAGCAACUUGACCUUCUCUGAAGAAGUAGCCUUCAAGGGAGAUAUGUCAUACACAGACAGUGCUUUCUUCUUCGGAAUGGAUGUAGCCAAAAAACUUUUACAGUUUUUUAAAGAAAAUAGUCCUCUAACUUGUGAAAUUGAUGCAUAUGGAGAUUUUCUGCAAGCGCUUGGUCCUGCAGCUACAAGUGACUACAUCAAUAACACGAGUAAUGUCACACACCUCACUCCAAGUCUAGUCCACACAAGAUUAAAGAUAUUUGAGCUUUUGAAGGGGACAGAUAUUAGUUUACUUUUGAUGAACACAUCCAAAUUCAUUCACAUUGGCACAACGAAGGAGUACAUUCAUCACUUCUGCUUUGACACUAAACUUCAAAGCGAACUUGGAUUAGAAAAAGACUGCUUUAAUAUAUUUACAGAGAACGAACCAAGUGCCAAAAAGCAGAGGCUGUCAGACACUGGCUCAGGCUGUAUCAUGCAUUCUUGCUUACCCACUGGGUGUUUUGUGUCUUCAAACACUGUGGUGGAGUACUGCCACUUUGAAUUCCCACUACACGUGGGCCAAAAUUCCAUCAUCAGUAACUGUGCAGUGUUGGAGGAGGAACUGACUGAGAGCCCUCCUCCACACUCACAAAUCCCCCACAAUAUAUUUCUGCAUACAGUAGCAGUCAAACACCAGGAGAAAACCAAGUACGCUACAGUAGUCUUUCAUGUUGACGAUGAUCUGAAGAGGAAAGUCCCAAUAUCUGAAGUAUCCUCAGCGUCAUAUUUAGGAUACGAUAUCCAACGAUUUAUCGAGAACUGCAAAUUGACCCAGUUUGAAUUAGACGAACACACAGGGGGUGUGGAAAGUGAGGAGGAAACACAACCUCUUACCAGUCUCUGGCAAAUGUCCCUAUUUCCACUGGAAAGUAGUAUGACUCGGUCCCUAAUGCUCGCAUUGACGACAAUCAAAGCUUCCCAGGGUAACCACCCAAACUUAGUUGAUCUGAGUAACUAUGAUAUUGUUUCCAUGGAAGAAAUACUUGAGCAUAAGGAUGUCAAGGUUAUGUUGAAAUUUAGAGAAAAUCUAUUUUCCAAAAUUUCAAUGGCGUAGUGUAUUGUGGUUAAUCUGAGACUGUAUUGUGGUGGUCAAGAUACUGUUAUAUUUUAUAUAUGUCUACAAGUACACUAUUUAUAGAUUUUAAACAGAUUAGAAAUUGGAUGCUGGGUUAUUCAAGAUUGUUAACUGAUUUUUGUUUAGAGAGUUUACCAGUUACUAGAUACUAAGUAUUCAAUCUUCUGUGUACUAGUAAUAUAUUUGUUUAGAAAGUUUACCAGUUACUAGAUACUAAGUAUUCAAUCUUCUGUGUACUAGUAAUAUAUUUGUUUAGAGAGUUUACCAGUUACUAGAUACUAAGUAUUCAAUCUUCUGUGUACUAGUAAUAUAUUUGUAAUGAAUUAACUGGUUCUAUGGAAAUUUGUCUGAUCUAUUGUGAUGUCACUGUUUUGUUCUGGUUUUCUUUGCAUCCAGAUCUGAAUUAAAUGGAAAUCAAUUCAGCAUUCAUUUAGAGGUUGGACUGGUCAUAAAUGUUAUUAAGCUCUUCCAUUUCUAUAAAAUACAGAGGCAAAGUUAGCUCUUGUGAACAAGCCUUGGUAAAUGAUACACAGCUGCUAAAAAUUGAAACUUUUUUUAUCUUCUACAGUAAAUACAAAAUUUACUGAAGUCAUUAUGUAACAAAUGUUUACAUGUAUAUUAAUAAUUUGAAAAUACAAACUUUAUACAUAUAA